GCAAGAGCAAGAGCAAGAGCAAGAGCAAGAGCAAGAGCAAGAGCAAGAGCAAGAGCAAGAGCAAGAGCAAGAGCAAGAGCAAGAGCAAGAGCAAGAGCAAGAGCAAGAGCAAGAGCAAGAGCAAGAGCAGCCUGCCUGCCUGCCUGCGCUGCCAGGCUAUCAGGCUACCACCACUGCCCUCGCCCUUGCCCUCGCCCUCGCCCUGUUGGACUUCUGUGCUGCAGGUUGCCACACCUUGAAGAACCAGGCCCCAGUUUCUUUGGGCAUGGCUUCUCUAUUAAUACACCACAGCUGGAGUCUUGUUUUCCCUGUGGACCCUGGAGGACCCUCUGAUGCUGUGGAGACAGAAUCCCCAAGGAAAGAAAUCAAACAACCCAAAUUUUUAGUCAUGACAGAUGUUGUGACUGAGAUAUACCCGCAGGAGAGCUCACGGUCAGUGAAGCAAAUGGCAAACUACAGCACUGUAUCUGAAUUCCAGCUUCUAGGGUUCCAGAGCCUUCCAGGGUGGCAGACCCUACUCUUCGCUAUAUUCUUACUUAUCUAUGUCCUAACCAUCACAGGCAAUGUGGUCAUCAUCUCAGUAGUCAAGCUGGAGCCACACCUUCAUUCUCCUAUGUACUCCUACCUCCAAAACCUCUCUUUCCUAGAGAUCUGGUACACCACCACCACUGUGCCCAAGAUGCUCAGCAGUCUCCUCAAGGAGAGCAGGACAAUCUCCUUCAAUGGAUGCAUGACCCAGCUCUACUUCUUUGUCUUCUUUGGGGCAACAGAGUGCUUCCUAUUGUCUGUGAUGGCAUAUGAUCGGUACCUGGCAAUCUGUGACCCAUUGCAUUACACAAUAGCCAUGAACACAUAUUCCUGCACCCGCUUGACAAUAGGUUCUUGGGUGAUUGGUCUUUUCACAGGGUUGCUGCCUUCUUUGCUGAUCUCUAGAUUGCAUUUCUGCAGUUCUAGCCAAAUCAAUCACUUCUUCUGUGACAUCCCACCUCUGCUGAAGCUUUCCUGCUCCGACACUUCCAUCACUGAGAAGACUAUAUUUGUGCUCUCUGUAUUAGUCAUUUUCACUUGCUUCUUUCUUACAUUGAUGUCUUAUGCAUUUAUCAUCAAGACUGUCCUGAAAAUCCCCUCUGCUUCUGGAAGGAAAAAGACUUUCUCCACCUGUGGCUCACACUUGGCUGUGGUGUUGAUAUAUUAUGGCACCAUGAUCUCCAUGUAUGUUCAACCCAGUGCUAAUAUCUCAUCCGAGCUAAAUAAGGUAGUUUCCAUCUUCUACACUGUACUAACACCUCUUCUCAACCCUGUUAUUUAUAGUCUGAGAAACAAAGAUUUUAAGGAUGCCUUACAGAAAAUGGUCAAUAGGAAGCGUGCCCUACAUAGCUUUUAAAGCAAUGAAAGGAAGUCCAUUAACUUUAGCUGAUGUUAAGGCUGAGUUUAUA